UGGAUUUCUUGCAACGCAGGAAAUGUCAGCUGGCGGUUAUCAUUUUACUUUUUCGUAAAAAUCUGUGAUAAAUUAUUUAAUAAGAAAGUAUAAUUACUUUGUUACAAUCAGUAAAAUUGCUAUUCAUAUACAUGGUAUUUAAACAAAAAUGAAAAUAUGAUUUUGUUUUGUCAAAGGUGGCAUGCGAUUUCACCUGCAUUUUUAGGAAUUGUGACGCGAUAAAAUGUUAAAAACUCCCCAUUUAGUGUUGUGAUUACUCUUUAUUUCGGUAUUGUUAUUAUUUCAGUGUUUUUAUGUAAUUAUUUUUAACGAAAGUGUUAAUUUUCGUGGUCCCCUAUCAUAUCAUUUGCACCUGUCGCAAGAGAACCUUGUGAGGUCUGAAUAGACCUAAGAAUCAAAGGAAUCUAUUUAAUAUAACUAAGAUCAGUAUGAACGGCUCGGAAUCGGGGUUCAACCCCGCAUUUAAUAUUGCCACCAUAAAACAAGUAGUUAACGAAGCAAUAGAAAGAGUCGCACCGGUUUCAGUGCGGAUGCAGACACCUACUAGGCUACGGGAUCUUAUAAGGCAGAUCAGAGCGGCUCGGACUGCGGCUGAAGAGAGGAGUGUGGUUAACAAAGAAUGUGCCUAUAUAAGGUCUACAUUCAGAGAGGAGGACAGCGUUUGGAGAUGUCGCAACAUCGCGAAGCUCCUGUACAUCCACAUGCUGGGAUACCCAGCGCACUUCGGGCAGCUGGAGUGCCUCAAGUUGAUUGCGAGCCCGCGCUUCACGGACAAGCGGGUGGGUUACCUUGGCGCCAUGCUCCUGUUGGAUGAACGGCAAGACGUGCACCUGCUCAUCACCAACUGCUUAAAAAACGACCUGAACAGCAACACGCAGUUCGUUGUGGGACUUGCGUUAUGCACACUCGGAGCUAUCGCCUCCCCAGAGAUGGCAAGAGACCUGGCCUCGGAAGUGGAGCGACAUAUCAAAGCACCUAACGCCUUCAUCAAGAAGAAAGCGGCUCUCUGCGCUUUCAGGAUCAUCAGGCGUGUGCCGGACUUGAUGGAGAUGUUCCUCCCAGCAACCAGGAGCCUCUUGACGGAGAAGAAUCAUGGCGUUCUUAUCACCGGAGUGACGCUUAUCACCGAGAUGUGCGAAAACAGCCCCGAUACACUAAACCAUUUCAAAAAGGAGAGCGGACAGCGCGAGAUCGUUCCAAAUCUUGUGAGGAUACUGAAGAACUUAAUUCUCGCUGGAUAUUCGCCGGAGCAUGACGUCAGCGGAGUCUCGGAUCCCUUCCUUCAAGUUAAAAUCCUUCGCCUCCUUCGAAUACUGGGCAAGAACGAUGCGGAGGCGUCCGAAGCGAUGAACGAUAUCCUAGCUCAGGUCGCGACCAAUACGGAGACAAGUAAAAACGUUGGCAACACCAUCCUGUACGAAACUGUGCUCUCCAUCAUGGACAUUAAGUCUGAGAGUAGCUUGCGCGUGUUGGCCAUCAAUAUCCUGGGAAGGUUCCUGCUGAAUAACGACAAGAAUAUCAGAUAUGUGGCGUUGAACACGCUGUUGAGGACUGUGCAUGUUGAUACGUCGGCUGUGCAGAGGCAUCGGACCACCAUAUUGGAAUGUUUGAAGGACCCGGAUGUUUCUAUCCGGCGGCGCGCCAUGGAGCUCUCGUUCGCGCUGAUCAACAGUCAGAACAUCCGCGGGAUGAUGAAGGAGCUGCUAGCCUUCCUGGAGCGCUCGGACGCCGAGUUCAAGGCGCAGUGUUCCAGCGCGAUGGUGCUGGCAGCCGAGCGAUACGCACCCUCCAGCAAGUGGCAUCUCGACACUCUGUUCCAGGUGUUACUCAAGGCCGGCAACUACCUGCGCGACGACACGGUGUCCAACACGCUCCAGAUCAUCUCGGGUGCGCCGGCCGAGCGCCAGGGCUACGCGGCCAUGCGCCUGUGGAUCUCUCUGGAACGCUCCGCGGUGUGCGGGGACGGCACCGAGAAGCAGCCGCUCUUACAGGUGGCGGCGUGGACGAUAGGCGAGUACGGGGACAUGCUCGUGUCAGAAGCUAGCAGCGCCAUCUCUAUGGUGGACGACGACGGUGUUGAUGAGUUUGUUCGUCCUUCAGAAGAGUAUGUGAUAGACAUAUACCAGAAACUGUUGUGGUCCAUACAGCUGUCGAUCACGACUAAAGAGUACCUCCUCCUGUCGCUGGCUAAGCUGUCCACGAGAUUUGUCACUACACCCAGUCAAGAUAAAAUACGCGUGAUUAUCGAUACAUUCGGCUCACACAUUCACAUCGAGCUGCAGCAGCGAGGUGUGGAACUCUCACAACUGUUCAGACAAUACGCUCACCUCCGCGGCGCGUUACUGGAGCGCAUGCCCGCCAUGGAGGCGGCCGCCACCGCCGAGCGAGACGCAGACACUGACACGGGCGCACAGACCACGCCCCCUGCCGACACCAGCGAUGCGCACCAACAGAAUGCACUGCUGGAUCUAAUAAACGGAUCGGAGCCGCUCUCCAAUGGUGACCUUGACCUUUCACCAACGAGGACGGACAUUACCAACACCGCUAAUAACAACACGACCACCAAUGAUAUACUGGAUUUGCUGAGUGGUCUCGAUCUCAGCACGCCAGCGGUUGGGCCGACCGCGGUGAGUCUCACCAACAACAACAUCACAAACACAAGCCCGGUGUCGUUACUGGACGGUCUGUUCGCGACACCGAUGCCCACGCAACUACCCGAGACGGUGAUCCCCGCGUUGGACAAGAACGGCGUGUGCGUGGAGGUGGUAGUGCCGGGCGGCGGCUCCCCGGAGUGCGCCACGCUCACGGUGCGCGCGCGGUCCACGUGCCACACCGCGCUACCGGACUUCCUGCUGCAGGCUGCCGUGCCGCGGUCAUUCCGCUUGGACUUGUUGUCACCAUCGGGGACGGUGCUGACACCACAGGGAGAGAUCACCCAAGUACUCAAAAUUUACAACCCAACAAAGGCACCACUACGUCUCCGACUGAGAAUAUCAUACACAAUGGAAGGCAAUCCCAUCUUAGAACAGACUGAGGUGAACAACUUUCCACCCGACCUCUUCAACUGACGAGUAGCCAACCCCGGCUACUGCUUCUAACCUGUACCUACCGAAGGAAUGUCUCACAUUGGAGUAAGCAGAUCUUGACAACUUUAAAGUUAUAUAAAUUUUAUCGAAUUCCUCCAAAUCUAAGAUAUGUAAGUUAAAAAUGUUAGGCAAAAACAGACAAUUAUUUUCAACUGCAGUUACUGUCCAACACAAUUUUUAUCAAAGUUUUAUUUGAAAGACAGCAAAUAAUAUUGAUCAUACAUGUCAGUUGGUAAUUAGACAGCUGUCAAUCUAUCAAUAUCUGUUGAUGCAGUGUGAGUGUUCUGGAGUUGUAAUCGAGCAGCUUUCACCCCUCGGUAAUGUGGUGAUGACUGAUUGUCGAAUAGAUGAUGUGGUUCAAAAGUUUCGGAGAUACAUUCAACAUUCCAUUAGGUUUAUACACUUUUAAAUUUAUUGGUACGAGGGCCCAAACGUAUCACAUCCAGUAUUACUCAAAUCUCGCCUCGACCACAAGUUUCUACAUCUUAUGUACAUAUUGGGAAUAUUGAUUGUAUUGUAUAGAGAAUGGAUAAAGUUGGAUUUGUACUUAAUUAUUGCAAUUAAAUCUUGUUGAUCAAUAGCAAAUUGGCGACGCUAAUAUAGUGUUUAUUUAUUGUAAGUAUAUUUUCUGAAAUUACUUUAUUAUAAUAUUAUUCACGUUCUUCUUAAUUUAUAACAUUUAUUUUAUCUACUCGAACAUUUAUUGUCGGUUUGUGAAAUGUUUUUAUUUGCAAGACAAAUUACUGUGUUGUAAUAAUUUUGUACAGAGUGUAUUUUGUAGCUUUGUAUGCCGUCAAUUCUAUAGUAUUUGAUCUAGUACGGUUCCUUGUAAGCUAUGAAGAUUUUAAUCGAUAUGUAAAUAAAUAAGGCGUAAAUAUAUAUGUAUAAUGAUUGAAUAGUUUUAUAUAGCUGACGUUAUUUUUAACAAAAACAAUAUGAUUCAUGUAAUUAACCCGCAGCCGGCUUUUACUUUAUAGAAAUGCAAACUUGAGUUGUGUCUAUGAGCUUGACGUUUUGGCAGAAAUAUUUGUUUGUUUCCCAAGUAUUAAUUAAUAUCAAGCACUCAAUGAAUAAUAUAAUGUAUAUUGCAAUAUUAUUAUAAUAUAGUGUUGUUUGUUUAUUUCCUACCGUAGAGCUUUGCAAAUUUAUAUAUUGCAAUUUGGUGCUUCAUUUUGAUGUAAGUAUUCUGAGUGAAUAGAAGGCCCUCCACAACUUGAGAUGAUUUAUGUAAAACUAUGUGAGAGAGAUGUACAUAAUGAUAUGAUUUUAUGUAAAUUGGUUAAUAAAUAUUUGAGAAUGUUUAUAUAAUCAA